AUGGUAAAGAGCAGAGAGGGCCACAUAAUCUGUAACGAGUUUGAGGAGACUCUAGCAGAUUGCAAUCGGGGAGAGAGGCCAGAGCCGGCUCAGGCGCUGAGCCCCGCCCAAAGCCGGGCCCCCUUGAGCGCGGCCAUCCGGCGGCUGCAGCGGCGCGGCGGCGCCUCCGGGUGUCGCUGUUGGCCGCCGCCGAGCGGCGCUGGAGCCGCCGCCGCCGCCGCCGCAGCGUCCUGCCCCCGCAGGCUGCUCGCUCGCCCGGCGCCGGCCACAGCGGCAGCGGCACCGGCGGCAGCGGCAAGAGGCGGCGGAAAGCGGCGGAGAGAGGCGGAGAGAGGCGGGCAGCAGCGGCGUCCGAGUGCGGCCCGAGCGGCCUCGCCGCGCUGCCUUUCGGCGAUCCGUGCGGUGUGCGGCGAGAGCGGCCGGAAGGGAGCGGCGGGGCAGCGGCGGGAGGCAGCGGCGCGGCUCGGCACGGGCGGCGGGCGAGCGCUGCCGGCCGCGGUGCUGCUGUGCCUGUGGUGGCGGGCGGCGGCCGAGCGGGUCCGCUACGCCAUCCCCGAGGAGCUGGGCAGAGGCUCGCUCGUGGGGCCGCUGGCGCGGGACCUGGGGCUCAGCGCGGACGAGCUGCCGGCGCGCAAGCUGCAGGUGGCGUCUGGCGGCAAGAAGCAGCUGAAAUACUUCACGGUGAAUGAGGAGAACGGGAACCUGUGCGUGAAUGAGCGGCUGGAUCGGGAGGAGAUGUGCGGCGCAGCUGCGACCUGCUCCGUCAGCUUUGAGGCGCUGGUGGAGAACCCGCUGAACAUAUUCCACGUCGAAGUGUCCAUCGAGGAUGUGAAUGAUAACUCUCCGGUCUUCAGCAAGGCUGUUCUGGACCUCGAGAUUGGUGAAUUAAUCCCUCCUGGUGCUCGUUUUCCUUUGGAGAUGGCACGAGAUGCAGACGUGGGAAAGAACUCACUCCUGACUUACCAGCUCACCAGCACCCCUUCAUUUUCACUGUCCAUGAGAGAAAAGCCGGGUGGAAAGAAGCAGCCGGAAUUAGUGCUAGAGAGAGGAUUGGACCGAGAGAAGCAGAGCUCCUUUGAGUUGGUGCUGACAGCCGUGGACGGCGGGGAACCAGCGAGGUCCGGGACAGUCCAGGUUCGCAUAAACGUGACGGACGCAAAUGACAACCCACCCGUGUUCAGCAAAAGUGUCUACGAGGCGCGAGUUGCAGAGAAUCUGCCGGCGGGGUCGCUGGUGCUGCGGGUUCGUGCCACAGAUGCGGACGCGGGCACCAACGGGCGAGUCUCCUACUCCUUCGGCAACGUCCCAGAAGGAGUCCGCUUGUUGUUUGCCGUCGACAGCGAGAGUGGUGAGGUCAAGACAGUGGGUCCUCUCGAUUUCGAGGAGGAAAAUAAAUACGUUUUUGUCUUAGAGGCUACAGACGGCGGAGGGCUCACUGAUCACUGCGAAGUGCAGAUCGACAUCACGGACGAGAACGACAACGCGCCCGAAAUCACCAUUCUGACACUGUCGAGCCCCGUGCCCGAGGACGCGCCGGUCGGCACCGUGGUGGCUCUGCUGAAUGUGAAGGAUCCGGACUCUGGGGAGAACGGUCAGGUGUGGUGCGAGCUGUCGGGCGAGGCGCCGCUGUCGAUCGUGGCGUCUGCGGGCGGCUCGUACAAGGUGGUGACGGCGAGCGCGCUGGACCGCGAGCAGGCGUCCGAGCACCGCGUGACGGUGGUGGCCCGCGACCGGGGCAGGCCGGCGCUGCGGAGCAGCAGGGAGCUGGCGCUGGAGGUGUCGGACGUGAACGACAACGCGCCGGUGUUCGAGGAGGCGGCGUACAGCGCGUACGUGGCGGAGAACAACGCGGCGGGCGCGCUGGUGCUGCGCGUGCAGGCGCGGGACGCGGACGCGGGCGCCAACGGGCGCGUGAGCUACUGGCUGGCGGGCGGCAGCGCGGGCGCGGCGGGCGCGGCGCCGCUCGUGUCGGUGGAGGCGCGGAGCGGCGCGCUGUACGCGCAGCGCUCCUUGGACUACGAGCAGUGCCGCGAGUUCGCGGUGGCGGUGCGGGCGCAGGACGGCGGCGCGCCGGCGCGCAGCUCCACGGCCACGGUGCGCGUGUUCGUGCUGGACCGCAACGACAACGCGCCGCGGGUGCUGUGGCCGGCGGCGACAGCGGGAGGGGCCGCGGCGGCCGCCCCGACGGCGUUCGAGGUGGUGCCGCGCUCGGCCGAGGCCGGCUACCUGGUGGCCAAGGUGGUGGCGGUGGACGCGGACGCGGGGCGCAACGCGUGGCUGUCGUACGAGCUGGUGCAGGCGUCGGAGCCGGCGCUGUUCCGCGUGGGGCCGCACAGCGGCGAGGUGCGCACGGCGCGGGCCGUGUCCGAGCGGGACGCGGCCAAGCAGCGUGUGGUGGCCGUGGUGAAGGACCACGGGCGGCCGCCGCUGUCGGCCACGGCCACGCUGCACGUGGUGCUGGCCGAGAGCUUGCAGGAGGCGCUGCCGGAGCUGAGCGAGCGGCCGGCGGGCGCCGAGGAGGCGGCGGCGGCCGAGCUGCAGUUCUACCUGGUGCUGGCGCUGGCGCUGCUGUCGGCGCUCUUGGUGCUGAGCGUGGCUCUGGCCGUGCUGGCGCGGCUGCGCCGGGCCGGGCCGCCCGCCGUGCUGCGCUGCCUGGGCGCGCAGCGCUUCUCGGUGGCCGGCGCCGCCUUCCCGGCCGACUUCUGCGAGGGCACCUUGCCCUACUCCUACAACCUGUGCGUGGCGGCGCCGGCCCGCGCCGUGCCCGAGGCCUCUUGGCCCCCGCCGCCGCCGCCGCCGGUGCCCGUGCUGUCAGCGGAGGAGCUUCUGGGCGGCGAGUCCUGCGAGAAGCAGAUCUCGAGCAGCAGCGUCGCCGAGGGCGAGGUGCCCACUGAUCCCCACGCACCGCAGACUCUGACACUGUUUCGAUCCGUAGAAAGGGAGGGCGGGCAGCGCUCGGUGCUGCAGUGCCGGGAGGAGGCUGCGGGCGCCGCUGUUGACCGAGAGGAGCGAGAGGAAGCUCGGAGCGCUGCAGCCCCGCCCGCUGCGGACCCGCUCGACCGGUUGCUGGCUACCUGA